AUGCUGCUUUCACUCCCUGCUGAGCUGAUUCAGCUCAUCUUACGAAGUUGUGACAGUCCAUCUUUCCUACAGACGGCCUUUACUUCCCGCACCCUAUUGGAGCUUGCCACCACUAGCCGUGAUCUUGUUCACCACCAGCUCUCCCAGACUCCCGGAAAGUCCGACUACUCAGCGUCCCUCACAACUCGCCAGCUGUUCAAGUUACUCCUACAUCGAUCCAUUGAUCAAUUGUUGUUUGGGAUUGGAAAUCAUUUUGAACGCAAAUCCUUUACCUUCAGUACUAUAUUCGGUGGGAAAGUGAUCGACAGUCGUGCUUCUUCCAUCGUGUCCUUGACAAACGAUGCAGGUACCCGCACACAAGUGUUGUUGGUAUUCCAAAAUGACUCCACAGUCUAUCUCUUCGGCAUUCGAAAUGGGUAUUUGACCCUGCAGCAACGAUGCGAAGUUCCUGCAAAACGGUAUGGAAAUGUCCAGGUUCUCCAUACGGCACUUGAAAACGAACAGAUCUAUGUGCUGCAUCGCUUCAAGCCUUUUAUUGCCGAUGGGCCUGAUAGUGACCGCCCUUUCGUCAAACAAGCACAACAAUCCAACCCCCACGGAAACAUCUUCCUAGCCACUUUCCAACUUGGUCACCCAACCGCCGGUAUCUGCAUCCAUGGAUUCCCGGACGAGAGCUAUUAUGAGCCGCUGAGCUUUGCAGUGGAGGAUGAGCAGUUUGCUAUUUCCUGGCAACAUAUUCAGCAUGCCCACGAUCAUCGAGUGGUGCUUUAUAAAAUGGAGCAAUAUGGUGAGAUGGAGGCUUUCUCAGACCACGGGCCUAACCUCGGCGGGCUUGACCCCCUUGGUUUUGUUCGGCAUGAUCAUGGUGUGCUACAGACAGACGCGAGACCCCUUCCUCUAAUCCUAGCCUCAAAAUAUACAUCGUUUGUCCUCGCAGAACACCACGAAGGUGACGGUGAUGCUGAGCCGACAGUUAAAGUGGCGUUCAACGACCAAGGCCAGCAAUUAUUACACUACAGCCGGGGCCAGGCUUUAUAUAGCUCCUUCCAGAAGAUCAACUGGGUGUCCUCACCCGGCCAGUGGAAGCCCACAGCCAAUCCGAACGGCUGUAAUGUCACAUUCACAAGUGCACUUUCCCUCAGUUUCUCAAUCGGAAUCCCUUUUUACGGCACUCACCAACAAGGCGACCGAUCUCACGGGUCUCGGUGUCAUUGGCAAUAUCUCGCUCUUGGUAUUGCGACUCAUCGAGUAGAGCACUGGUCCGUGGCCUGUUUACUCCGAUCUGAAGCAUCCCCUAUGGCUAUAAAUUGUACACACGAGCAGAACAUUGACCGAGGAAGGCGAUUCGAGACUUGGAAGAUCAUGGCCCAGCUCGGAGGGUUCCAAGAGUCGAACACCUCGACGGGAUCUCUGAUUGCGACUUCACCCCAGAAGACCCGAAUCGCGAUGGCUAGCUGGAAGACCGUGACCAUCUGGGCCUUAGAGCCGACUGUCUUGAUCAAUGGCGAGGAUGGCUUUUAUCCCGAGUCGUGGCAAACAGAAGGAGGAUAUCCAGAGCUCAGGCCUGCUGUGAUCCAGUUGGAUGCUGUGUGCUGUCAAUUACAAUUCACCGAGAAAGAAAAUGAACUGGUGGGCAUCACCGACCGAGGAUUGAUGCUCCUGCGUCUCAAGCCCGAAGGGCGAGGAGUUGGAUUUGUUAAUAGCAGUGGGAGUCGUAUUUCCGAGGAAGGGGUAGACAUCUCAAAGCUGGCGGCGUACAUCCCAUAG